GGAAUCGGCUGCCUAAUCAGGUAUCGUACACAAUAAGAUGCCUCUUCAACAGAUCUCUGUAGUUCCAGCCAGGGAAACGGCCAGCAAUGGGAGAAGUUCAAGCAGAAACAAAGAGAAAAACAAGGAUAUAGAGGGGUGAGGCUACACUACUCCAAAGAUAUCCCAAAGUUCUUUCCCACCUCCUCUCCUCCGCUGCCUUUGCAGCGGCACCUCCUUCUGGGGGUCGAUGUUCCAUCACCCAGCCUUUGUUGACCUGGAAGGUAGGAUCCUGGGCCAAAACUAUCUAAAUCACUCCCCCAGUUCAAACAUUCAUUCCCAUAUUGAGUCCACAAUACCUAUCUGGAGUGUUAUAUCACCUUUUGAAUGCAUACGUUCUGUGCUGUAUUUAGAAAGCAAGCUGGCUUUUCAUCUGCCUUCAUUAAUUAUGCAGCGCUACAGUUUCUGUGAUACCCUGCAUAUGAACUUGUAACACAGACUGUCAAGCCGUGAACUGGACUUGUCACAUCAUUUUAGCUGGUGAGCUACUUUCCAAAUGAAACCAAUUGACAGCAGAUGUGAGAAGGUUUAAUGGAUUGGGAAUACGUCCUGGAUUGAGUAUAAUGGUAUACAUCUGUAACACAGAAGAGGCUGGAUGCAGACAGAAAACACAUGAUGAAGUGCAAACUGAAGGAAUUGGGGACCUGGAUCUAAGCCUGCAGAAUGACAAAUUGCCAGGGCGCUCAGAAAGCCGAUCCAGUAACAUCUCCAAGGCAAGCAGUCCUACAUCAGGAACAGCUCCUAGAAGUCAAUCACGGACAUCUGUUACCCCUUCUACUCAGGAUAUCUGCAGACCUGACACUCUUCCUGAGGUUCAAGACGAUGAGUGUGAGCAGUACACCCCUGUUAUGGUGCUGACAAAUACAAGUAGGGAUACUGGUAAGAGACGGGUCAAACAAAGGCUUAGGAGGAAGAAGGAGAUCUGUCAGAACUGUGAGUGCAUUGAGGCCCAAAAGGAACGCAGUGAGAAGGUCUCCAAGUCAUGGAGAGAAUACCACCAACAAAGAGUGAAUGGGUUCCACCCUGAUUCUGACACAUCUUCAGAUGAGGACCAGUGGAGGCAAGCGAGAAGCUGGAGUAGGGAGAGAGCCAAAGCCCCAAAGAAAAUCCGAAGACACAACCAGUUUAACAAACAUCAGGAUAGAUUUCAAGACCGCAGAGAGAUGGUCUUUCUGGGUUCUGAAGAAGGUGAGAAAAAAGAGAACAAUUUAGCUCAAUAUUUGGAAAAGCAGACUAUGAAGAUCCAUAGUAGGAGAACUUCCAAGAAGAAGGAAACACAACACUCAACUUCUUCUCAGUCUUCUCAGGAGACCCAAGGGCCUUUAGAAAAUAAGCAAAGGAAUGUCAAGGGCAAUACUAAAUCAUUUAAGCGUCCAGGCACAUCACCUUUGCCAGAAGAAGAUGAAAUCAUCAAGACAACCUAUGACACAGAUUCGGGGGGUGAAACCUUUGCUCUGCCUGAGAACAAGCAUCCUGUUUGUUCUAGCACCUUCCAGAAUGGUGAAUCCCGUCGUCCACCAGUAGAUGAUGACUGGAAUGAUGAUUUAGAAGAAGCUUGCAGGAUCUGUCACUGCGAAGGAGACGAUGAGAGCCCCCUUAUCACACCGUGCCACUGUACAGGGACCCUGCACUUUGUGCACCAGGCCUGUCUGCACCAGUGGAUCAAGAGCUCGGACACCCGCUGCUGUGAGCUUUGUAAAUACGACUUCAUAAUGGAGACAAAGCUCAAACCAUUACGCAAGUGGGAGAAACUUCAGAUGACAUCAAGUGAGAAAAGAAAGAUUCUGUGUUCAGUCACAUUCCACAUCAUUGCCAUUUCUUGUGUCGUCUGGUCCCUUUAUGUGCUGAUUGAUCGAACAGCUGAAGAAAUCAAGCAAGGGAAGGACAAUGGUAUCCUUGAGUGGCCAUUUUGGACCAAGCUGGUUGUUGUAGCCAUUGGAUUUACAGGAGGCCUUGUCUUUAUGUACGUUCAGUGCAAAGUCUAUGUUCAACUAUGGCGGAGGCUUAAAGCAUACAAUCGGGUCAUCUUUGUUCAGAACUGCCCGGACACUUCUAAAAACACUGAGGAAAAAAUCUCGUCCAGCAAUCAGAACAACGGGAAUAGAGACUCUGUGGCAGUACCAGUGUCACAAACAGAAACAAACGCUCAGCGACCAGGUGGGGGUGCUGUACCUGAAGUUGCACCUGUCUGACAAUGUUGAACUUUUGUUUCAUUUUUUUCUUUUGUGGGCAAGAACUACCUAUGGUUUUGUGGGACACCAUCUCCCACAAACACUACAAAGCAGUGGUGGUGAGGUUAUAACUAUUUAAAUGCUGGACCAUGUGAACAAGGAUACGCUUGGUGAAAAAUGCUACAAAAAUGUUUAUAGCCUGAAGAAUAUGAAGUCUGGUAGUUUACAGUGGUUGGGAAGUGCAAUGAUAAAUGUACUAAGUCUUAGAUCAGAGCACUUUUAAGAAGACAUUUAGGACAGUAUUAAUUAUUAUUAUGUUUCAUGUGCAGUUUGAGUUUGUGGUAAGUUAUAGUGGCAGAUUGUUCAAAUAAUUAUUGAGCCAUUCAAGAAAUAUAGCCCUGUAUUGACAAGCAAACUCAUCAAUUGCUUUAAAAUUGACUACCUGUUACUUGAAAGACUACACAACAAGCGGUACGUUCCACUACAAUACUCACCUUUCAAUGGCUUUUGGGGGUAUUUGAGGACAACCGAUCCCUCAAAAUGUACUUAAGAAUCUGCUGUAAAAAAAGGAUAUUACCUUUCUUUUUUAAAAUAUUCAGUUUUAUUACAGAAAGGAGACUAGAAAACACUGCAAGACACUUCUGUAAUUAUUUCAGACAUUCCAAUGGUGAUUUGGGCUACAUCAAAUUCAACCAAGAGAUACUAAAACAUUACCAUUAUGAAUGAUGUUAGGACAUUUAAGAUACAGAAACCAAGGGCCUAGCCUAUAUAUGUUUGUGGUUGCUAUAAUGUUAUUUUCUUAACAAUAAUCAGAUAAAUGACAUGUUGUGGACCAUGGCUGUGAUAUCUUAAUAAAACAAUCACUGAAAAGAUGGGUGUUUUUAAACUGAAUAUGUGACAUAUUAUUGUGGAGCAAAGAAAUCCCAGUUCAGUGUUCACCUAAGCACUAAGGUACUAUUUAGCAUUACAGUGCAUUUAAGGACAAGGGAAAGAGGGUUUAUUAAUGUGUAAAGUUACUUAUAAAAACUAAACAAUGGUGCAAUAAUUUAUAUAUAAUAUAUAUAUAUAUAUAUAUAUAUAUAUAUAUAUAUAUAUAUUAUGCAUUGUCUAAAAGAACAAUCAUUCCUAAUCAGCAAACUUGCAUUUCUUUUGGACUUAUUAUGGACGUCAUGUGUAGUGGAAUCUCAUAACGACUAUGCUAAAAUUACCCCCCCUCCCCCAUUCCUUCCAUCCAUCCAUCCACCCACAUCCUAAAACGCAAGUUUAUUUUAAAUGCUGUUGGUGAUUUUAGCAGUGCAUUUCACAUGUAAAAGUCUCCAUAGCAACCUGUGUAUGUGUAAGCCUUUAAAAAUUGCUCUGCUGCUGAUUUGUAUUCAGUGCUAACAUGGCAAUGUGUCAUGAUUAUUGUGAAGCAGUGGCAUGUUUACAUCUGCCUUAUGUACUGUAUACUGGAAAGUGCAGACACCGACUAGAACCGAACCAAAACUAUUCUUCAAAACACUUUUGUGCACCUAUGAAUGGUUAUCUAAAACAAAUGUUCAAAUACAAAAUCAACACAAUCAUUUAAGGCUUUUAAGUAAGCUGUUUAUUACUAGCAUUUAAUUAUUAAGUAAAGUUUUUUUUCAAAGGAAUACAACUGGUCAUUAGAAACACUAUAACAAGACUGAUUUUAAUCAUUUGUGCAAAGCAAAUUUAUUCAAAGUACAGCAAUUGAAAUGAAUUCUCAAAUGUUCUGGUAGCCAACCUGUUUACUGUUCAACAAGGAAUACAUCAUAUGAAUCAGCAGCUUAGCGCUGAAGUGUGAAGGCAUGCUUGGUAUUAGUACUUGCAUUUCUUAUGUAAUUCCAAAAUAUAUGCGACUCAUUUUUUAUUAUUGUCAGUCCAUGUUGUUUAAUGACGUGUUUCUUAUUUUAAAUAAAUUUUAA